AAACCAUAAAGCAAUGUGCCGAGAGGAGCCAGCGUAGGAAGCCAUUGUGUGUUUAUGCUGUCGUGAGAUAGGAGGACACGAUUCGAUUAAGCGUUUCCAGACUCUGUAAUCUAGCCAUUUUAUUUUCAGUUCCCCCUAGCUACAAGCUAAGAUUACCACUCAGCGCUUUUGUCUUUUCUCGGGAACCGUAAAUUCAGGACAGAACACCAACCUUUGAUAUCGACGUGAACCUCCCCUGCUUUCCCGACGAUCGAAUUCGAGUCGGGAUUAACCACGACGAGUGUUGAAAUCGCUUGCAAGCAGUGAAAUUUACACGUUUUGGUCGAUAAGGAGUUCUUUUCUAGAGACGUGUUCUCAUUUAGAUGGCCAGCUUCCCAGAUUUUGUUAACGAAAAUGAAAUAGGAAAGGCUAAGUUUGUUGGGGAACUCUUAGCUCCAGUUGCUCCCUUUGACCAGAAGUCUGGGCGGGAGACGUGGACCGUUGCCUUCGCACCUGAUGGUUCCUACUUCGCUUGGUCUCUAGGGCAUCGCAUUGUGAAGCUCCUACCAUGGUCAAAAUGCUUGGCCGACCUGUCCGUGAGGAAGGACGAGCGCUCGACCGGAGUCGGACUCCAGCGCCUGUCGCGGCAGAACAGCCUGGGCACGGUCACCCCGUUACCGGGCGAGCCGCGCGAGCACACCAUUGACUGCGGCGACGUGGUGUGGGGGCUGGCGUUCGGCUCCUCCGUGCCCGAGAAGCAGAGCCGAUGCGUCAACAUCGAGUGGCACCGCUUCAAGUUCGGCCAGGACCAGCUGCUCCUGGCCACCGGCCUCAACAAUGGCCGCAUCAAGAUCUGGGAUGUCUAUACGGGCAAGCUUUUGCUGAACCUGAUGGACCACACAGACAUUGUGCGAGACCUGACUUUCGCACCCGACGGUAGCCUGGUCCUGGUGUCAGCGUCCCGUGACAAAACGCUACGAGUCUGGGACCUGAAAGAUGAUGGUAACAUGGUGAAGGUUCUGCGUGGCCAUCAGCACUGGGUGUACUGUAGCGCCUUCUCCCCCGACUCCUCCGUGCUGUGCUCAGUGGGCGCUGGCAAAGCGGUGAUGCUGUGGAACAUGGAUAAGUACACGUUGAUCCGCAAGCUGGAGGGGCACCACAAUGAUGUGGUGUCGUGCGAGUUCUCCCCCGACGGAGCGCUGCUGGCCACUGCCUCCUAUGACACCCGCGUCAUCCUGUGGGACCCGCACAUGGGCACCAUCGUCAUGGAGCUCGGGCACCUGUUUCCUCCCCCCUCUCCCAUAUUUGCGGGAGGUGCCAAUGAUAGAUGGGUGCGCUCCGUCUCCUUCUGUCAUGAUGGACGCCACAUCGCUACCAUCACUGACGACCGACUACUGCGUUUCUGGAGUAUCGAGGAGAAGUCUCCCCAGGCCAUAGCUCCCGUGGCCAACGCCCUCUGCUGUGCCUUCUCCACUGGAGGGAGUGUUCUUGCCGCCGGGUCUCGUGACGGCAGUGUGCACUUCUGGGCAUGCCCUCGCUCCAUCGCCAGCCUGCAGCACCUGUGCCGCAUGGCCCUGCGCCGCGUCAUGCCCACGCAGCAGGUCCACAGCCUGCCCAUCCCCGUCUGCAUGCAGGACUACCUGGCCUACAAGACCGUCUAGCCCUAGCCUGCUGCCCCAAUGCCCUGGUGGUGCGCCGUGCAUCCACGCACCCACCACCCACCAGUCACACACUGGACUAGUUCCUACCCCCCUACCCGCCCCCUUACCAAGGACCUUCUUCCUUUCUCCGUUUGUCUUUCUUUUGUUUGUUUUUUGUCCUUUUCUAAGAAAAUCAAAAGCAGAGACUGUUGUAGAUGAGGAGAAAAGAAAAAAAAAAAAGAGGGAAAAAAAAGCCUUUAUCUAAAGUUUCGAAACCUUGAUAUAUGGUACAGCUCUGUACUUCAUGCAAGGUUUCUCUUUGUAUUUAUUUAUUUUUGUAAGUAUUGAUUUCCAGUAUUUUUUCUUCUAUUUCUAUUUGGUUUGUUUGCAAACUUCUUAACUUGUGAAAUUAUAUAUUGUUUUGUUUCUUUUGUUGCAUUUUUCUGUGUUUUCCUCUUGGAAGGAGAGAGCAUUUCUGUGAGCCGCUCUGCGAGCGACGCUAGUGGAAAGGCCUUACCGACUCGAGUGCACCAAUCACCAAGUUCACCUCUUGCAUCGCCCGCCGGCCGCCAUAUCAAUGCUUUUGUGUGUGUUUUCAGGCCCAGUGCAAUUUCCCCGUCCUGAGCACACGCAGAAGUAUUUAUCCCUUGCAAAAACGUUAAAAAAAUAUAUCAACAAACAAUACAAGUUCAACAAUACUAUAAUAUUUCUUGUGUAGUCUUUUAGAAAAAGAACUAACUGCUUGGAUGCGAGUAGUCCUAGACUUGUGAAUACAUGCGUAGAUCAUGAUGACUUGAAUUCAAAGCAGUGCUUCCUCUGCUGUUAACUUACCCAAAGUGAAGGGAAGCUGCACUUUUUCUGAGGAUUGAAUGCAACGAAUGCGAGUGAGUUGAGUGCACGGAUAUAGAACACUAGGUGCUGGAAUUGACCACCCCUUAAUUGGAAAGAAUGGCUCUAAUUUUUGACACCAUCCUUGUUCAGUGAUGAUGCUGCUUGAGUGAAUAAUGUGAUGUGCAACUUUUCCUGUAAGUGGCGAUGAAACAACAUCUUUUGCUGACGGUGUGAUAAAACAUUGGAAAUACUGUGCGUACCAAAAUGCUGAUGUCUGAGGCUUUGCCAUGCCCAAAAGGCUGAAGGUGGCAUCUCGUGUUCUAUAUCAAUGACCUGAGCGGCUGUUGUGAUUGAGAAGUGUGUCUGGGCUUUGUGUUGUUUACUUUGCGGUGCGUUAAAAGGCUGGGAAGGGAAGAAAGGCCAGCUUGUCUGUACUUGCGUACGCAUGCAUGUAUGUGUGUAUGGAUGUGUGUGUAUAUUUGAGGGAUGCAUGCAGGUUUUGGAAGCCCAGCUUGUCUGUACUUCUGUACGUACGUAUGGAUGUGUGUGUAUAUUUGAGGGAUGCAUGCAGGUUUUGGAAGCCCCUCUUGUGGCAGGCAAACACAUGGCGUUUGUGAAGGGAGAGAGUGAGAGAGAGAAGGACUUUGCUAACUCACGUGCCUCCUGAGUUGGUCCGAUUUUUCUUUUGCACUGCCCACUUGUAGCGCUUGUGUAACUUUCACACGCAUGUGGGCACACCAUGUAUAUCACCUAUAUCGCGCGCGCGCACACACACACACACACAC